AUGCAGCGGUGGCCGGUGCUGCUCUUCCUAGCCUGGGUCUGCUUGCUCUUUUUUGCUGGUAUCGGGCUCUUCAUGAGCGGCUUCCUACUCACCCGCAUUGAGCUUGCCAGCAGCAGUUCCUGCUCAGACCCGCUUGUGCCGCCGCCCUGGGAGAAGCAGAGCCUCGGCUCCUGUUGGUCACCCCAGCGCUUUUCUAAGGCUGUGCUUGUCAUCGUCGAUGCCCUCCGUUUCGAGUUUGCCCACUUCAACCCAGCCAAAGCCAGCCCACUGCCCUACGAGAACAAGCUGAGUUUCCUGCACCACCUUGCAACCUCCCAGCCUCGCCAUGCCCGCCUCUACCGGUUCCGAGCGGAUCCACCCACUGCCACCAUGCAGCGCAUCAAGGGCCUCACCACCGGUUUCAUUGACGUGGGCAGCAACUUUGCUACCUAUGCUAUCCAGGAGGACAACCUGCUGGCACAACUGGUGCAGAAUGGAAGGAGAGUGGUCUUUAUGGGUGAUGAUACUUGGGAGGGGCUCUUCCCGAAGAAGUUUUUCCGGUCCUAUUUCUUCCCUUCUUUUAACGUGAAGGAUCUUCACACUGUGGACGAUGGGAUCCUGCAACAUCUCUAUACAACUGUGGACAGCGGUGAAUGGGACAUGCUGAUUGCUCACUUCCUCGGCGUGGACCACUGUGGGCACAAACAUGGACCUGACCAUCCCGAAAUGGCUAAGAAACUCACCCAGAUGAAUGAUAUGCUCAGGUCCUUGGUCGAUCAUCUGGGGAAUGAUACCCUUCUGCUCGUGGCUGGGGACCACGGCAUGACAGAGACAGGAGACCAUGGUGGCGACAGUGAGAAGGAAGUGAAUGCAGCACUGUUUGUGUACAGCAAAACACCCCUCUUUGGCACUGGUCCUCCAGAGGAGCCUGAGGCCAUUCCCCAGGUGAACCUGGUGCCCACUGUGGCCCUGCUGCUGGGUGUGCCCAUCCCCUACAGUAACAUUGGGGAGGUGAUGGCUGAGCUGUUCUCCGGGGAUGGCGAUGCCGUGUCUGCAGCCUUACAGCAGCUCUCAGUCUAUCACAUCAACGCCAAGCAGGUGGACCGCUUCCUGCACUCCUACUCGCUGGUGGCUCAGGACCUACCGGCAGAGCAGCUCCAGCGCCUUCAGGAGCUCUUCUCCGGCGCCGUGGAGGAGCACACUCAACUCUUGGCCCAGGUGCAGGGGACAGCGCUGGUGCCUCCGGAGCUGGAGUCCAGGCUGGGAAGCCUCAUCAGUCGCUUCCAGCUCUACCUGCGGGAAGCACGGGCUGUGUGCACCCAGUCCUGGGCCCGCUUCCAUCCCCUGCGUAUGGUGGGGGGCUGCACCCUUAUUGCCGCUUCCUGCUUGCUCUGCUACAUGGCCUCGGAGCUGGCCGCGGCACUGGACUCCUUCUAUCACAGCUGCCUCCUGUACCCACUUCUCUGGGGCCUCGUGGUGGCUGUUCUGCUGGGGCUGGCCUGUGUGUUCACCCAGGAGGGUCUCGACCUCCUCCUAGUGUUGUCCUGGGCAGCUGCUGCUUCUCAGCUGGGUUUUUUCUGGCACUGGAGGGGCCAGCAUCCCAAGCGAGUCCGUUUGGUGGGCAGUCAGCUACCCUUGGCCAGCGUUGGCCUGAGGCAGAGGCUGCAAGCGUGGCUGGGGCUGGCCUUCCCCAUGGGCAUUCUGCUGUUCCGCUGUGGAGCUAUGUUCUCCGAUAGCUUUGUGGUGGCUGAGGGUCGCCUGACUGUACCAGAAGGCCCCAAGCAGCAGCUCCUCGGCUUUUCUUCUUACCGGAGAGAGAUCUGGUACCUGCUGUGCCUCGUGGCCAUGCUUCUGGUCUGCGUGCGCCUCUCCGGUUUCUUCCACCAGUGCCGUGAAGAAAUCCCUCAGUGCCGACCCUCUCUUUUCCUCUCCCCGCUUGCCAGCCUGAGGAACGCACGGGCCAAGAACCUCUUCUACCUUUUGUGCGUGGCCUUGCUGGCCGGGCUGGUCUAUGCAGUGCGGAGCUGGCUGCGACACUACGGCAACCUGAACAGCUCGGACCCCCUUGUGCUCUUUGUGCGGUGGGGGUUCCCGAUGGGGGUCCUUUGCAUUGCCUGCUACUGGGCUGUUGCCUCCAGCGCUGAUGACUCCCUCGGCAAGCUGCAGGAGCUGGUGCAGGUGGCAGUUGUUGCCUUUCCGUGGGCUGUCUAUGGACUAGCAUCCAUGGGGCUGCUGCUCCUGCUGUGCAAUCCCAUGACGGUGUUCGCAAAGGACAAGCGGGAGUCAGAAGGAUCCAUCGUCACUCCCUACCUGGGGGUUCCGAGCUCUGAAGUCAACUUACUCCACGUCAUCCCUCAGAUCUACAAGAGGAUGCAGGAAUCUCAGAAGAGCCGCCUGGAACGAGACAGCUGCAAGGCCACCGUCGCAGCGUACGGACUGGGCAGUGUGUACUCGGCGGCCCUGGUCAUAGCGCUCACCCUGCUGGGCUUCCUCUUGAUACUUCUGCACAGCGAGCGGCUCAGUCUUGCCUUCCUGCUCCUCUUCCUGGAGGCCUUCGUGCUGCUGCACAUCCACACCUGUGCCAGAGGCCUUGCUGGAGACGCUGAGCCUUUUUCUGUGCCCUGGUAUGCGGUCAUCUCCUGGCUCCUUGCUGCUUCCCAGUUCUUCUAUUCCACAGGCCACCAGCCCAUAUUCCCAGCCAUCCACUGGAAUGCAGCCUUUGUGGGCUUCCACCUUGACCACAGCACGAACCUCCUGCCUGCUGUCCUGGUGGGCGCCAACACCUUUGCCUCCCAUAUCCUCUUUGCAGUUGGCUGCCCUCUGCUCCUGCUUUGGCCCUUUGUGUGUGAGAUGCCCAGCUCGCAGAAGAAGAAGCCCAAGAAGGAGCCCCGGGACGAGCUGCAGGAGGUGGAGGAGCACAUGAUGGAGAUGAGACUGCGGGAAUCCCCAGAGAAGUUCUCCACUGCUCUGCUGCAGCUGGGGCUGAAGUACCUCUUUGUCCUUGGGGCACAGCUUCUGGCCUGUGUUUGUGCAGCUAUGAUCCUCAGGAGGCACCUCAUGGUCUGGAAGGUCUUUGCCCCAAAGUUCCUCUUUGAGUCACUGGGCUUCAUGGUGAGCAGCAUCUGCCUCCUGCUGGGGAUCUCCCUGGUGAUGCGUGUGGACUGUGCUGUCAGCGCCUGGUUCAGCCAGCUUCAGCUCAGGUAG